AUGGCUAAAGCAAAUAUUAAAGAAAUGAAAUCUUAUGGACAAGCAGGAAAAGUUGCUGAGGAAGUAUUCGCUGCUUUUCGAACUGUAUUGGCAUUCAAUGCACAAACCAGUGAGCAGACACGUCGAAAAGAAAAACUUGUAUUAAAUAACGUAUCAUUUACAAUUAAUGCUGGUAAAACGGUAGCACUUGUAGGAAGUUCAGGAAGUGGUAAAAGUACAUGCACUCAGCUAUUGCUUCGUUUCUACGAAUUAACUAAUGGUCAUAUUAAAAUCAAUGAUCGUAAUAUUGACGAAUUUGAUAUUUAUGAUUAUAAUCAAGCUAUAGGAGUUGUCAGUCAAGAAGCAGUAUUAUUUGCAACUUCAAUUCAAGAUAAUAUUCGUUUUGGUAAAAAAAAUGCAACACAAGACGAUGUUAUUGAAGCAGCCAAACAAGCUCAUGCUCAUGAUUUCAUCAUGAAAUUACCUGAAGGAUAUAAUACAAUGGUUGGUGAACGAGGUGUAAAGUUAAGUGGUGGUCAACGACAACGUAUCGCUUUAGCACGUGCUCUUAUUCGUCAACCGAACUUACUUAUUCUUGAUGAAGCAACGAGUGCACUUGAUUCUUCAAGUGAAAAAAUUGUACAACAAGCACUCGAACGAGCUUCCAAAGGUCGAACUACCAUCGUUAUAGCUCAUCGACUUUCAACUAUACGUCAUGCUGAUUGGAUAGUAGUCAUGAAAGAUGGUGCGGUUAUAGAACAAGGUUCACAUGAUGAUCUCAUUGCUGCGAAUCAUAUGUAUAGUGAUCUCUUCAAAAACUAUCAAAGUGGAACCAUCAAUGUUGAAUCGUCAGAAAUAGUCAAUAUGCAAGAAUCCGACGAUGUCUCAAGUGAAAGCAUCCGUGAUCAAGAGUUAGAUAGCAUUCAAAUGAAGGAAAAAGAAAAAAAUGAAAUAACAUUGGAGAAAGAAACAACAGAAUUUAUGAUCGAUGAGUCAUCUGCUGGUUCAUUUCGUUCGUUGAUCAAUUUAUUGAAGCUCAACAGUCCUGAAUGGCCUUACUUACUUAUUGCUAGCCUGUUUACGAUAGCCAUAUGUGCUGCUAGUCCGCAAGGUUGCUUGGCGGUGGCUGGUGCACGUUUGACCAAUCGAUUACGUAUCAAAGCAUUUGGAUGUAUGUUGCGACAAGAAGUCGGUUGGUUUGAUGAAACUGAAAAUAGUGUCGGUUCGUUGUGUUCACGUCUUUCUACAGAUGCGCUUGAAAUUCAAAAAUUAACAGGAGUUCGACUUGGUCUAAUCAUUCAAGCGGUUUCACUUUUGAUAAUUGCUCUUAUACUUGGAGCAAUUUUUUCAUGGCAAUUAACAUUGGUCGUUUAUGGUUUACUCUCUAUUGUAUUAAUCAAUGUUAUACUCAACAUUCGACGAAACAUUCAAUUAGCAAUAUUGAUUCAAGAAUUGGUAUCGCAGUACAGUGAUUUAGUGACACAGAGUGUACAUAAUAUUCGUACUGUAUUUCAACUUAAUAGACAACAUGAGACAUUGAAAUCAUUUGAAUAUAUCAUUGAACGAAAAUUAGCAGUACCAAGUAUACUCAAAAGUGGUGUAGCGUUUGCAUUGUCAUUUCCUAUUAUUACAUUCAUUUUGCCUUCACUCGGUGCACUUGCUGUUGUACUUCUUGAACAAGAUCUUAUUGACCCACAGCGUAUUAUUUUGUUAUUUGCUUUUAUACCGUUGGCGCUUGAUGUGAUACAAAUAUUCACUAUCGUUUCAGGCGAAUUUGCUCGAUCAAGUGCAUCGGCCAAAAGAUUAAAUCGACUUUUCAAACGUAAACCAGUAAUUGACAAUGGAUCAACGGAAGGCAAAAAAAUUGACAAUUUUUCUGGAUCGAUCGAGUUUGAGAACAUUAUAUUUGCAUAUCCAACGCGCAAGUCGAUAAUCGUACUGGAUAAAUUUCAUUUAGCAAUAAAAUCCGGACAAAGUGUUGCACUUACUUUACCUCAAGGUUACAAUACAUCUGUUGGUCGUAAUGGUAUUUUCUAUUUAUCUGGUGGUCAAAAGCAACGUAUUGCAAUUGCUCGAGCUCUCUUUCGCAAUCCCAAAAUAUUGUUACUAGACGAAGCAACCAGCGCACUCGAUGUUCACAACGAACAGCUUGUUCAAGAAUCGCUCGAUAAGGCACGUCAAGAUGAUCCUUCACGUACUAUUAUUAUCGUUGCUCAUCGUCUUUCAACCAUUCAAUCGUGUGAUUUUAUUUGUGUAUUCGAUUACGAUGGGUGUCUGCUUGAGUGUGGUACUCAUGCAGAGUUGAUGGCACUUCGCAAUGCUUAUCAUAGACUUUUUCUUGAUUAUGUUGAAGGAAGAGAUAAUUCAUAG